AUGACGGAAGAAGCUGAACGAUUUGAUGAAACAGGGGGAUAUGGCCAUUCUUUACUUGAUAAUAAUCAAGUAUUCGAAAAACCGAUGGAAACCUAUGGCGGUAAUUAUGCUCGAGGUCAGCGGAAAUAUUCUACCGGUAUACAUCGCAUUCGUUUCCAACUUGAACCAGUCUCUUCUGAUCAGGAAGCCAAUCAAAUUCUGUUUGGCAUCAUUUCAUCGAGUAUAACUGCCAAGGAUCAAUAUUUUGAUCGCACACCUUCGACAUAUGCAUGGGGAACUUCAUCAUAUGAAUGGGAAAGCGAGAGUAGCAUUAUACAGAAUGGGAAUCAUCAUCGUGUUUCAAAGGACAAAUGGCCAGGUGCAAAGACUGGAGAUAUACUUGAGUUAACCAUCGAUUGUGAUCAACGAACGAUCAGUAUAGAAAACCAAACAGGACAGGGAAAAGAUUCAAUGAACAUUGACUUAGAAAACAGUCCCUUGCCCUGGAAGUUUAUUAUAAUUUUUUUUACGCGUCCUGAUCGUGUUCGCCUUUUGUGA